UGUUGCCAUACCAUGUGGACAUGGAUGUUUUCUUCUCUGAUUGUUUGUGUUUUGUUCCUGCACACCAGUGGAUUCCAGAAAGAGGACACUCAAGCUGGUUUGGCAUCUUUUUCUUAGUUUAAUACUGUAUAAUACACUAGUCAAAUGGUUUAAAUGAUGGAACAGUAUUAAGCUGCAUGACAGCAACACUCUUGAGGCAUUACUGUAGCUCAAACAGUAGAGCAUGGCAUUAGCAAUGUCAAGGUCAUGGAUUCAAUUAUCAGGAAAUGCCUGAAACAGAUCAAAUGUUCACUUUGGUUAUUAAUACACCUGCCAAGUGCAUAAAUGUAAAUUAAUAUACUUGAGAAAAUGACUUCUGUAAUACUUAUUAAGUCAUUCUUGUGAUGACACUGUAGGGUGAAUUCAGGUAAAUUGGUUGAGAUGCCGGUCAAAAAUUGGACAAAUGUACCUGACUUCACUCUACAUUUGUUCAAGAACUGUAACCAUACUUGGUCUGCAUGUGGACCAUGUGGGCAAAUGUUUUCCUGGGUUUGCAGGUUGUAGCACAACUCCCAAUGACCUUGCGUUCAUCAUUGAUGGCUCCUCAAGCUUGGGGAUCCCUAAUUUUGAAACUGCCAAGCGUUGGCUCAUCAACAUCACCAGUGGCUUUGACGUGAGCACCAGGCACACUCAGGUGGCAGUCAUCCAAUACAGCGACACCCCUCGACUGGAGAUUCCUCUGGGAAAGCAUCAGAACAGCCAAGAACUCAUCGAGGCCAUCACCUCCAUGUCAUUCCUGGGGGGCAGCACACGGACCGGCCGUGCCAUCAAGUUUGCCACAGACCAUGUCUUUGGUAUGCCUAACCGCACAUCCCAGACUCCCAGAAACCGCAUCGCCGUGGUUCUCACUGAUGGGCGCUCGCAGGAUGAUGUUGAGGAUGCUGCCAUGGAGGCCAGAGCACAGAAUAUUGUUCUGUUUGCAGUUGGUGUGGGAAAUGAGAUAACGAACUCUGAAUUGGUGUCUGUGGCCAACAAGCCAUCUUCUACAUACGUGCUGCACGUGGAGGACUAUAAAUCCAUUGCAAGCAUAUGGGACCUGAUGGAGCAGAAACUGUGUGAAGAAUCAGUGUGUCCAACGCGGAUCUCUGGGACAGUGAACGAUCAGAAGGGCUUUGAUCUAAUGAGCCUGAUGAAGAUUGAGCAGGUGGCUCAGAAGGUUCAGGGAUCUUUGAUUUCAGAGAGAGCAUUUCAGCUCAGCGCUCAGAUGGACAUCACCCACAACACCAGAGAGAUCUUUCCAGAAGGCCUUCCACCAGCUUUUGUGUUUGUGGCCACUUUGCGCUUGAAGAAUCCAGCUCACUGGAUGAAGUUGGACCUGUUAAGGGUGUUGUCUCAGGACGGGGUUAAGCAGCUCGCCGUGACUUUGAAUGGAGCAGACAAAUCGGUCACUUUCACCUGCACCAGUACUCUAAAGAAAGAGCAGACAGUCAUAUUUAAUGCCCGAGGCAUCAAGAGGCUCUUUGACACAGACUGGCACCAGCUGAAGUUCCUGGUGAGGUACAAACACAUCACCUGUUUCUUAGACGAUGUAUAUGUGGAGGAGCAGCUCCUAGAUUCAGUUGUUCCCAUCUACAUUAACGGAAAGACUCAGGUCUCCAAGAGAAUCAAUACUGAGACUACAGUCCCUAUAGUGCUACAGAAGUUACGGAUCUACUGUGACCCCCAGCAAAGUGAGAGAGAAACAGCAUGUGAAAUCUACUCUGUGGAUAAUGACAGGUGUCCUCCGGAUCGCUCUCCUGCUGUAGAAGGUUGCGACUGUCCUAGUGGUAAACCUGGUCUGCCCGGUCUACCUGGGCCUAUGGGCUUCAGAGGGGAGAAAGGCAGAGAAGGACCUCCAGGACCUGAUGGUAAACUGGGGACACCAGGAGAAAAGGGAGCAUCUGGAGAGCCUGGCCGAGAUGGAGAGAAAGGUGAAGCAGGAGAACCAGGACAAAAAGGGGAGCGAGGGCUGGAAGGAUCCAAAGGUGAAAUGGGACCACCAGGGCCUUCAGGACCAACAGGCACUUCCAAAUUGGAUUUAGAUGACUUGGGAAUUCAAGGAAGCAAGGGAAUCCCAGGAGAACCAGGGGAAAUGGGACCACCCGGAAAACCUGGACUGAAUGGUGAACCUGGGACACCUGGUCUACCUGGACUUACUGGUCCCAAGGGAGAGAAAGGAGAUAUUGGUGUGGCAGGAUCAGAUGGACAACCUGGACUCCCUGGUAUACAAGGGCUUCCUGGAGAGAUAGGCCCUGCUGGACCUCAAGGUGAUGGAGGCAUGCCAGGACCAGCAGGUUUUACUGGACCAACAGGACAGCAGGGACCCCCAGGACCAAUUGGCCCACCUGGCAUAAAAGGUCCUCCAGGUCCAAAAGGGAAUUCAGGCUCUCGUGGACAGGGAGGGCUCCCUGGACCACCUGGUGCUAAAGGUUCAGAUGGAGAGCACGGCAUUCAAGGUCCCUCUGGCAUUAGAGGUCUACCAGGUUUUAAAGGUCAUAAGGGUGACUCAGGAUCACCUGGACCAAAGGGGAGUCAGGGUGAGAAAGGAAACCAGGGAGAACCUGGAGUUGCUGGAAAACAUGCUGAACCGGCCGUGAAAGGGAACAAAGGAGAGCCAGGUGUACAAGGGGAGCCUGGGAGCAGAGGGGCUGAUGGGAAAAAGGGAGAUGUGGGUCCAUCAGGCCCACCUGGAUCUAAAGGCUUUCCGGGUUUAGAUGGGUUACCAGGGCAACCAGGACUUCCAGGUCACCCAGGGAAUCCAGGCAAAGCACCUUCAGAAGAGCAGCUGAUGAAGAUCUGUGCUUCUGUGCUGCAGAGCCAGCUGCCACAGCUCCUGCAGGUGAUGGGUCAAAGCAGCUGCCAACAUUGUGAAACCAAACAAGGACCGCCAGGUGAUCCAGGACCCCCAGGCUCAAUGGGCCCAUCUGGACCCCCAGGGUAUCCCGGCAGAGCAGGGUCUCCAGGAUUACCGGGAUCUCCAGGGAGGAGGGGACCUGAAGGGGUAAAAGGUGAAAUUGGCCCAAUGGGUAUGAAAGGUGCUAAAGGACAGGGUGAAAUUGGGUUGCCAGGUCCACCCGGCCCAGCAGGUUUGCAGGGCCCACGUGGGAAUGACGGGGAAGGAUAUCAGGGGCCUUCUGGUCCACCAGGGAAAACUGGCACUCCAGGCACCCCAGGCAAACGUGGGCCCCCGGGACCCAUGGGAGUCUGUGACCUGUCCUCUUGUUAUCAAGCCUAUGACUUUCGGAACGAUCCUUUCAGGAAAGGACCAAACUUUUAGCAUCGGGACAGUGGGAUCAUACAGAUUCUAUGCCGUCUUUUCUUUCUCAAAUGAACAUUUCUGGUGCUCAGCAUUGACCUCAAGAACUCAUAACCUCUAAAGAAAGAUGAUCUUUACUUUAAAUAUGUGAUCUGUUUUCCUGCUUGAGAAUCUUGUGUUGUAUGUGUUAAAAUCUCUCAUGAAUCCAUGUUUUUGAUUGAUUUUGGUGCAUGCUCUGGCUGCUUUUUGCAAACAGAAAGGGACUGUUGAGCUGUUGUGCAUUAUGUUCCAAGUUUUCUGAAGAAUUUGAGCAGGAAACAGACUAAAAAAUCUAUCAUUAUUUGGUGCUCUCAAACAUUGUGCAUGUUCACACACUGUACAAACAUCAUUGAUUAUUUUGUGUCCUGUGACUAAUUUAAUUUUCAUUUUCAAUUUUCGUUUUUGGGUGUAUUGUUCCUUCAAAGAAAAUUGCUAUACUGCACUGCCCUGGGAAAGCUACCUCUGUACAGGAUGUGUAACAAGGAUAUGUUCAAAUUUGAGGAUACUUCUGCUCAAGGGCUAUUGGUUAGUUUCGAUAGGCACAUUUUUACUACUACACCAUUUUUUUAUCAUCAUGAUUAUUUAAUUAUACUUUUAAUUGUUUGAGAAUUUGUCUUGUAGUUUUUAGCAGCAAUCUUAAUAGUGUAGAUGUGGCAUGUCUAUUUUUGACUGGAUACGUUUCUGCAAAGAUUUCACAUCUAUUUAAUGUUUCCUGUUUGUUCUUUUUCAUUAAUGCAUAUAGGAUUUUAGCUUUGUCAUGUUAUUUAAUUUUUGUAAAAAAAAAUUUGAAUCAUUUAUUUGUGCAGCUGACAUUUGAAACUCUUAAAAUGGCAAUAAAUAUUUAACAGUUGUAAUAAUUUCUUAAUCAUUUUACUUCAAGUUGUCCUAAAAAAAGUAAAGUUGUCCUAAAA